CUAGAUUCUGCCGCGUUCAUUUCGUCUCGGAAUCCUCUUGACCAUGGCUCCUUCCCAGAAAUAGUCUCCAAGCUCGGACCAGAUUGUUGGACUAGUGUGAUCGCGUUCCGCGCAAAACAAUUCGCCGCUCGCCUGUUUGAUCGUGCUCGGCCGCGUAGCGUCUUGUCUGGUGAAAACGCUUCGACCUGCAUUUUAGGUCGCGAUCUUUCCUGGCUGGUUACCAGCUGCCGUGCCUGCUGCCUGGUUUCGGUAGCGUUGCUCUCGUCGUCGACGAAUUCGCAGCCAUGGUGAUUCGCAUACAUCGAAGUCCGUGCGAUCCCCGAGCGAACUGAACGUUUGUUACAGAACACGCUCUCGUCCUUCGCCAAUCGUUGCGUUGUCUAGUACCUCCUCGUCGCAUCGUCUUUCACGAAGCCGAGCGAACAAAAUUCGUCUCGUUACCGCUGCCCCGCGUCGUAAUCGAAUCCCUAUUUUCCGAUAGCCGAUCCUUCAUGUUUUGAUAAGCGGAAGACACUGACCGGAAUUCAACCAUGGACCUAGACGGAAUGAUCAGCGGAGGGGGAAGGGGGGCCGGGGGGAGGCGGGGAAGAGGCGUGUGCAGAUUCUGGCUGGAGGGUAACUGUAGAAAAGGUGACAAUUGCGAAUAUUUACAUACUGAUUCCUCUGGGGGCGGGGGCGGGGGCGGGUUCGGCGGAGGUGGCGGGGGGUUCGGCGGUGGAGGGGGAAGAGGCAGAGGCGGAAACAGGGGCGGGGGAGGUGGCUGGGGAGGACAGGGAUGGGGGGGAGGCGGAGGAGGGGGAGGCGGGGAGGAGACGGCGGGGGAUUUGAUGAUCGGGGGGGAAGAGGGGUUUUGGGCAGGCGGAAUGCAGACACUCAGGGGGAUGGCGGAAGUUUUGGCGGGGAGCGGCGGGGGAGGCGGCGGGGAGAGGCGCAUUCCGCGGCGGAAAGCUUGCAAGUUCUGGCUGGGGGGGAGCUGUAACCGCCACAACUGCAACUUCCUACAUGCUCACACGACUGCUGCUGACGUGGAGAUGAUGACUGAGCUGACGGGGCACGAGAAGGUGGUGCGCGCCAUAGCACUUCCCGAGAGCUCCUCGCAGCUGUACACGGGCAGUCAGGACGGCACUAUCAGAGUGUGGGACUGCACCACGGGGCAGUGUGUGAGCGUUGCCGCCAUGGGAGGGGAUGUGGGAGCGCUGAUCACCAACUCUGGAUGGCUCUUUGUCGGCCUGCCCAACCUUGUCAAGACGUGGGUGCUGGCGAGUGGAGUGCAGAGCGACUUGCCAGGGCCAACAGGAUCCGUGCACCAGCUCCUGCUGCACAACGGCAUGCUGUUUGCGGCCUGCAGUGACGGCAAGAUUCUGUGCUGGAAGUUCAACCCGGCCUCGCAGCAGUUUGAGCCCGUGGCGUCGCUGACAGGUCACACGGCUGCUGUGGUGUGCCUUGAGGCCACGGCCACGCACCUCUUCUCAGGAUCCAUGGAUAAGAGCAUCAGAAUAUGGGACCUGAGCACGGGAGCAUGUGUGCACACGGUGCUUGCUCACGACCACGUGGUGAUGGCGCUGGUGGCAUGGCACACUCAUCUCCUCUCCUGCUCGCUUGACGGCACAGUUAAGGUGUGGGCGCCAUCAGCCGCGGGAGGGGGGCGCUAUCGACCUCGCUUUCACUCACACAGAUGCGGACGACAAAGGGGGGAGCGGGCCAGAGCGACAGAGAACCUGAUGGAGCCCUGGCCAUGCGGGGUGAGCACGGACCUAGCGGGCAAUCAGGUGCUCAUGGUGGCGUACAGUGACAACUCUGUGCGACUCUACGACCUUCCAUCGUUCACGGAGCGAGGGGCACUGUUCACCGUGCAGGAAGUGCGGUCGCUGUGUGUGGGGCCGAGCGGGCUCAUGUUUACUGGAGACAGUGCAGGGACCGUCAAGGUGUGGCGAUGGACGCAGUGAGAGCUUUAAGGGGAGGAAGGGAUGGGUAAAGAGUACAGGGGGCGUUGAGGUGCGGCUGCUGUGUGUGUGGGGGCCUGAGUGGGCCCAUGUUGACCAGAGGCAGCACAGGGAAGGUCAAGGUGUGGUGGUGGACACAGUGAAGGAGGUUCAUCAGUUGCUGGGGGGGGAGGGAGGGGGGAAGAAACUAUCAAGGUGCGGUCGCUGCGCGUGGGGUCCAGUGGGCUCAUGUUUACUGGGGCAGCGGAGGGAUGGUCAAGGCGUGGUGCUGGAUGCAGUGACAGGCAGGAGAGUUUCAAGAUAUUUCACUCGGUGCAGUGCGGCCCAAAAGCAGCAAUGAUGCAGUUGUUGUUACCGUGAGGGGACCAGCCAAGGCUCAUGUAGGGCAACGUGUUUAUUGUAGGCUCGGAAUGGAAGCAUUGGUAGCGUUUGACUUGUUUAGGGUUUGGACUACGGAUGUAGCAAGUCUCAUAAGCCUGUUUAGGGUGCUAUUAGAUAGAGGCAAGGCAGAUCCAAACUGCUUGAAUCAAUGGCAGCCUAGGAUGGAUAAGGGGGAUCUAGGAGAGCUCAGGGGAAUAGUGGAGGUAAGAAAGUGUGCAUCCAACUUAUGGGG